CUAUUUGGUAUUGAAAAUAAUUGAGGUUAAGUUCCAGAAAAUAAUUCAGAACAAUUAAAAUUUUAUAAUAAUUAUUGUUACCUGUCUCUUUUUAGUUGUGUUUAAAAUAAUAUUUAGGCACUUUUGUAGUUGUGUGUCUUUUGUCUUUUAAGCCUACAUUAUUUUAUUCAGAGAAGAAAAAUGAAAAACCCCUCGUCUAUAACCUUAGUGGAGAGAAGUUGAUUUUAGGGUAGGCCUAACUUAUACCAUUUUUAUACUAGGCUAAACUGAACAGAGUGUAACAUUUUACAAACUUCAAAAUGAAAGAAAUAAAGAAACGUAACAAAUACCUGCCCCAAAAACAAGUGAAAAGUGAUGAAUCUACUGAUAACGAAAUGGAGAUGCCAUAUCAAGAAACAGAAUACAAGAAGUGGUAUGAUGAGCUACCCAAUAACCCAUCAGACUCCCCAGAAAACAUAGAGUCAGAUGUUAUAGGAUUGAAAACUGAAGCUGAAAUGAUAUUAAAACGAGAAGAAGAAUUUUACAGUAAGAAAUCCAGCCGUAACGGUCACACAGACAAAUCAUGGUUGAAGACAGUGCUGUCUAAGGGCACAGCGUCAGACAAAGUCGCAGCCAAUGUUGUUACUAUCCAGGACAAUCCUGUGUACAACCUGCCAGCGCUACGACACCUAGUAGGGAUGGUCAAGGUCGCCAAGAAAAAAGAAUGUCUCAUCGUUAUGGAGACUUUGACCGACCUUUUCCUCUCGGAUUUGCUGAGACCGAACAAGAAACUGUUGAGGUUUGAUCAGCAGCCGCUGACCAUGCUACAGGAGCUAUCCUCAGGCAAUGCUGUGACUCGGCGCAAGUUCUUGUGUCAUUGGCUGUUUGAAGAUAACCUCAAACAUCUGUACCUCCAGUUUGUCAACUCACUAGAUGUCGUCAGCAAAGAUACGGUGGACGCUCACAGAGAGAAAGCUGUCACUGCUAUGUACAAGUUACUUUCCAGCAACCCGGAACAAGAAUCGGUGCUUCUAAAAAAUUUAGUGAACAAGUUGGGAGAUCCGAACCAGAAAGUGGUCUCUAAAGUGAUUUACUCACUCACUCAACUACUGAGAGUUCACCCAGUGAUGAAGCAGGUCGUAGCCAAUGAAAUUGAGCGCUUCCUUUUCAGGCCUAACAUUGGUGCAAGAGCUCAAUAUUACGCAAUCUGUUUCUUAUCACAGUAUCUGUUUGUCAAAGAAGACUCACAGUUGGCAGAAAACUUGAUAUCCAUUUACUUUUCAUUCUUCAAAGCAAGCAUAAAAAAGGGAGACGUAGAUUCACGUAUGAUGGGAGCUCUACUGAUGGGUGUGAAUCGAGCGUAUCCAUACGCACAAAUGGAGCGUAGUGAGCUAAGUGAACACAUAGACACCAUGUACAAGUUGGUACACGUCACUAGCUUCAACAUUAGCCUGCAAACACUGUGUCUCCUCUACCAGAUAGUCGGACAUUCUGCUGACAGAUUCUACUGUGCACUGUACAAGAAGCUGUUGGACCCCCACCUGUUUAACUCAGCACAUCAAGCCAUGUUUAUCAACUUGGUCUACAAAGCCCUGAGGAAGGACUCCAACGUUGACAGAGUACGGGUGUUCAUCAAAAGAUUGCUCCAGGUUUCUCUGAAUGCACCAACACAGCUCGCUUGUGCCUUACUGUAUCUGGUGUCAGAACUGUUGUCCAAGAGAUCGGCUCUGCUGGCGCUACACACACACAGACAGACAGUCUACGCAGAGGAGGGCGAUGCAGACGAUGGAGAGGAGCGAUACACCGAUGCACCUCUAGACGACAAGGUUGAAGAUUCAAAAGUGACCGACAGUGAAGUAGAAGAUGUUAAACCUGAUGUAACAGAGGUUAAGCCAGAACCUGGUUGGUUUCAUUGUAAGAAUACGUCAACCAAAGUCGAAAGUAAAGUGUUUGAUGGACGGUCUCGUAACCCGGCUCACGCUGGUGGGGAGUUUGCUGCUUAUGAGGAGUUGACGAUAUUAUCACAACACUUCCAUCCGACUGUUGCGCUCUUCGCUAAAAACAUCCUGGACAAACAGCAAAUAAAAUAUUCUGGGGACCCACUGCAAGAUUUCACAUUGGUCAGGUUUCUUGAACGAUUUGUCUUCAAAAACCCAAAACAGCUGUCUGGUGCUGGAGGUCCAGAUCCCUGUCUGGCGCUGAGGAAACACUACGUAGCGUCUGGCGCAAAGGCCGUCCCUAUCACCAGCUCAGCAUACUCACGCCAGGAAGAGAAGAACAUACCUGUCGACGAAAUCUUCUUGUACAGGUAUCUUCAACAGCGGCGGACAACACAGCCGAUAGACAAAGUGAAAAAAGAAGAUGACAGCGAUGUUGAGAGUGUUGCCAGCGAAGAGUUUGAAGAAAUGCUUGACAAUAUGGUCGGCAAGAUUGAUGAUGAUCUUGACUUUGCUGAUGAUGUGGGCGAUAAACUGAAGUCAAGCAAGAAGGGAAAGAAACGUCGAGAUGCAGAGAGUGAGAGUGAUGAUGGAUUCAGUGAUGACGAAGAGGACGAUGUGGAUGAAGAUGAAGAGAUGACAGAUUUGGAGGAUGAAGAUGACGAAAUGACUGAUUUGGAAGAUGAAGAAGGUAACGAAGACAGUGAUGCUGAAGCGAUAGACUUUGGCGAAGAUGAACCAGACUUUGAUGGUGACUUGGAUCUUGAUAAUCUGAGUGAGGAUGAGGAUCCUGAAGAUGACGAAAAGCCAUUGAAAUCCAAACAGAGUAAAAAAGUGAAGGUGAAAGACAUCCAUUCCAUGUUUGCUCCUGCGGAGAAGUUUGCUGAAAUGCUGGAAGACGCUGGAUCGUCCAAGGUGAAACUAGGAACUGCUCAUGAUGUCUCUAACAAGGAUAAUGCAGCUAUGAAACAGCUUCAAUGGGAGUCUAAGAGGAAUUGGGCUCUAAAUGGUAAGAGGAAAACUAAGCCAAAGGGAAAACCAUUCCAUAAGGCUAAACGGAAGAAAUAUUAAUCUUCUGGUGAACUUGUUUUUGUAAAUGAGUUGUCAAAUAUGCUUGUUAAUUAUAUUUUAAUACUA